AUGGAAAUCUGGGGUCGGCUAGAGCUGAAAGUAAAUGGAGAUCUUAUGGAAUUACCGCAACCAACAAUUAGUAGAAUUGUAUUUAGAGUAACUCUUAUAUUAGCAUCUUAUCUAAAUACUUAUGUCAAAUUUGUGACAAAUCCAGCAGCUAUACAGGAAAAUCGAAGACUAUUUAAAGAGUUAGGAUUUGGAUAUGGUGCUAUUGGACUUCCAUCUAUUGAUGGAGCAAUAGAUUGCACUCACAUAAGAUUACUAGGCAAUAAUUUUAAAGGAAUAAAUGAGAUUUACAGGAAUAGAAAGGGAUAUUUCUCUUUAAAUGUCCAAGCUAUCGUUGGACCACAAAUGGAAUUUAUGGACCUUGUCCCAGAAUGGCCAGGAAGUCAACAUGAUAGCAGAAUUUUACAAAAUUCUAGAGUUUACAUGAGAUAUCAACAGCGUGAAUUAACAGGAAUGUUAGUUGGAGAUGCUGGAUAUCCUGCUCUCACAUUUCUUUUAACACCAUUCAGAAAUCCACGAAACGAAGAAGAACAGAGAUAUAAUGAGAUUCAUUCAAGAACGCGAAUAAUUGUUGAGAGAACAUUUGGAGUGUGGAAGAGACGAUUUCCAUGUUUAUCAAGAGGAUUGUCCUUAAAACUUCUAACGUGCACUGGAGUCGUAUCGGCUUGCGCAAUUUUACAUAAUUUGUCAUUACAUUUCAAAGAUAUUUUUCCGGAAGAACCUGUACAACCUGAUGAAAUCGAGAAUGACGAAGUUUAUUACAAUGAACCUCAAUAUCAACCUGGAGAUGGUUUUAUUGUAAGACAAAAUAUACUUCGCGAAUUAUUUCAUUAA